UUUUCCUUUGAAAAUCAAGGCGCCAAAACCUUACAAUCUCCCGCGCCUGACUGACCAACCCUCACUCUAUCUCCUUUAUUUCUCCGCCCUCCCUCCCUUCCUCCCUCCCCCAGGACCUCGCUUGAUUUGCUUCCGCCAUGUACCACCCCAAUCAGCCUCACAUCUCCCCCGCCACUCCCGGGGCCUCCUCCUUCUCCUCAUCUGUCGACUUCAACAAGCCUGUCAAGAAACAACGCGGUAACUACAACUGUGGCCGCUGUGGUCUCCCUAAAAAAGGCCACACCUGCCACCUUCCACCUGCUGCAACCACCACUCCUACUUCCGCUGACUCCUCCGCUUCCGUUUCUACUUCUACCUCGCGUUCCCUUCCGCCGUCGCGUCAGCAGUUCUCUAACCUACGUAGAGCGCUCUCAUUUGACGAUAUUGAUAUCCGAUGCGACUCGCCGGAGCCUGAAAUUGAUGAAUCGGAGUUGGAUCUGUUGUUUUCUGGUUCAGGGAAGUUGCCGGCGAGCUGUAUGUGGGAGGUGCUAAAGAGACUCCCUCCAGCGGGGCUGUUGGCGGCUGCUAGGGUUUGCAAGGGGUGGAGGGACACGGCGAAGCGGUUAUGGAGGGCGGCUGAGGAGCUCAGGCUCAAGGUUCCAACCAGAGCUCAGCUUGGAUUUGUUGGAUCUGUGUUGCAGAAGUGUCCUGGACUUGUUAGGCUGAGUCUUAGGAUGGAAAGUGAUGUUGAAGCAACAAUGUUGGCUUGCAUCGCGUUCUCCUGCCCUAACCUGGAGUGCAUGGAGAUUUCUAAAUCUGAUACUGCAGUCAAUCGGAUCACAGGUGAUGAAUUGAGUCGAUUUGUUGCUGAUAAGCGUUGCCUUACAAGUCUUAAGAUGGAAGGAUGUUCUAAUCUAGGAGGUUUUGUCCUCUGUUCAUCAAGUCUGUCCACGCUUUGGCUUUCAGAUCUGUAUUCUUUGUCUAAGACGGUCUUCAACUGUCCCAAUUUAAAAGAGGUGUCCUUAGAUUUUUCUUCCCAAGAAAAUGAUAAUACUGACCUUGUUGCAAUGGUUGAUGCUUUGGGAAGAAGUUGCUCUAGAUUACAAAAUAUACACGUUGCAUCUAUUCGACUUUCUCAUGCUGUUGUGCUUGCUCUUACAGGUGCAAACUUAAGGGGGCUUCGAAUGCUUUCACUUGUUCUUGGAACUGAAAUCACUGAUGCAUCUGUUGCUGCCAUCGCAUCAAGCUAUUCAAAAUUAGAAUUGCUUGAUCUAAGCGGGUCUAGCAUCAGUGAUAGUGGUAUUGGUAUGAUCUGCAAUGUGUUCCCGGCAACGCUGUCCAGAUUGCUUCUUGCUCUUUGUCCAAACAUAACCUCAAGUGGGAUUCAAUUUGCUACAGCUCAAUUACCACUUCUGGAGCUUAUGGACUGUGGAAUGACCAUAUGUGACCCAAGUUCCCAGGGUCUAAGCUCUGAUGGAAGCGGAGAUGGAGAGUUGCAGACAACAUAUCAGAACAAAUUACACCUCAUGUGCCAGAAGCUCAUUAUAAAACAUGCGCGGUUGAAAAAGCUCAGCUUAUGGGGUUGUUGCAGCUUAGAUGCUCUGUAUUUAAAUUGCCCAGAACUUAAUGAUCUGAAUUUAAACUCUUGUAGAAACUUGCAUUCAGAAAGAUUGCUUCUUCAGUGCCCCCGUCUGGAAAGUGUGCAUGCCUCAGGCUGUCAAAAAUUGUUGAUUGGAGCAAUUCAACGCCAGGUUAAUGAUUUAGGUGCUACAGAAAACCAUUGCCCGGGUAAGCGUUUAGCUGAUGGCUCAAAAAGAGUUCGGGUCCCUCAUUUCCUCAGUCAACAGCCAAUUGACGAUGAUAAUAAGAAGCGAAGAAGGAUUGUGUCUCGUCCUUGCAAUGUGCUCGUGGACUGAGAACGUGUUGCAGGAAGCAAGCAGACAAAAUUUUACUGUAUACAGUGUUGUCGUCAAUUCCUCUUGGGUGAUGUGCCCUUUGGAUCCAUAUGAUAAGUGUUUAGAAUGGCCUUAAAGGAUCAGGUUGAGCUGCCUUGUAGAUUGUCUUAUCCUCAACACAGUUGUUUAGUUUCAAUGGAAAAGCACUACUGUAGGGGCCUAUACAAAACUGGAAGUUCUUAUGUCUACAGUUCAUUUAUGAAAUAAAAAUUAAUGUUUUAGUGC